AUGCCAAUCCGCGAGGACGUCGUGACCUCGGCGGUCAACUUCCUGCAGGAUCCCAACGUCGCCUCGUCGCCCAUCGAGAGCAAGGUCUCCUUCCUCCGGUCCAAGAACCUGACCCAGGAGGAGAUCGACACAUCGCUUGCGCGCGUUGGUUCACCACCUGCACCGUCGCACGCCGUCGCUGGACCCGUUCAGCAGCAACAGCAGCCGCAGCCUUACUAUGGCCAGUACCAGCAGCCCGCCCCGUAUGGAUGGCAGCCCCCGCCACCGGCACCGCCGCGACGGGACUGGCGGGACUGGUUCAUCAUGGCGACCGUGAUGGGAGGAGUUGGCUACGGCUUGUAUGCUAUCACAAAGCGCUACGUCUACCCCCUCGUCGCGCCGCCUACCCCCGAGAAGCUGGAGCAAGACAAGGCCUCAGUGGACGAGCAGUUCGAAAAGGCAUUCUCGACUCUGGAGCAGCUAUCUAAGGACACCGAGGCCCUCAAGGCCUCGGAGCAGGAGCGGACCGAGAAGCUGGACCAGAUCAUCACCGAUCUGGAAAGCUUCAUGCGGGACACCAAGUCUGCUAGUCGACGACAAGAAGACGAGACCGACCGCCUGCGAGAUGAGAUGAAGACCCUGAAGGAGCUCAUCCCCAAGAACAUGAGCGCGAACAAGGAGUUUACCGACUCUCGCCUGCGAGAGAUUGCCAACGAAGUCAAGAGCUUGAAGGCACUCAUCGGCCAGCGGAUGUCUUCCACUCCUGCCCCGGCGGCUCCCGCCAGCACUACUGGCGGUCAUCUCAGGCCCUCUACUGGAAACGCCACUCCGGCCACAACUGCCACAUCGCCUGCAACGCCAAUCCCUCAGCCCACCGGAAAGGAGAACGAGACGAACGGCGAUGAAACAGCCUCGAACACCAAGCAGGACUACAUCUCCUCGCUCGGUGGCCGCUCCAGCCCCUUCGGCAGUGGAAUGCCCGGGGGCAAGGCCUCCAUCCCCGCCUGGCAACUGGCCAUGGCGAAUAAGAACGCCGGUGGUGAGUCGGCCGGUGGAUCCCAGCAAGAGGCCAGCAGCAGCUCGUAG